AUGAGAUUCACCGCCAUCAGAGGGCCUGUGAGACUCCUGCGUUCCGAUCAAGGCACAAACUUUAUUGGAGCUUGCAGAGAACUGCAAAUAAACUCUGAAGACCCGGAGUUGAAAGCUCACUUGCAGGACAAAGGCUGUACCUGGAUAUUCAAUCCGCCACAUUCCUCUCAUAUGGGAGGUGUGUGGGAAAGGAUGAUCGGCAUUGCACGCCGCAUUUUGGAUGCUAUGUUGCUUAAGGACAACUGUCGCCUCUCCCACGAGGUACUUGUGACACUCAUGAGUGAAAUCAUGGCAAUCAUGAAUGCAAGGCCUCUAGUUCCAGUAUCGUCUGAUCCUGACAUGCCAGCAGUUCUCACGCCCGCAAUGUUGCUUACUCAAAAGACUGAUCCAGUAUCUGCUCCUCUAGGGAACAUGGAUCUGAAAGAUCUCUAUAACAAGCAAUGGAGGCAAGUUCAAAGUCUAGCCGAAACUUUCUGGAAACGUUGGAGACAAGAGUACUUGGCGACCCUUCAGCCACGCAGGAAGUGGAAGUCAGAAAGACCAAACUUGCAAGUAGGUGAUGUGGUACUCCUCAAAGACACUCGAGUAAAGAGGAAUGAGUGGCCCACCGGCAUCAUUGAGGAAACCUUCCGCAGCCGUGACGGAAUGAUUCGGAAAGUGAAUGUGAAGAUCAUCAAACAGGGUACCCCUAAGGUUUAUUCCAGACCCGUUUCAGAGGUCGUACUGCUCCUCAGUAAAAAGACAUAGUGG